ACUACUUUCUCUGCUUCGACUAGAACCGUCAAACGAGCCAGCAGAGAACAUGCGCUGCAUGUAAUGUUUACAAUUCUCGGUGCAUGCCGGCCGGAGCGGCCUUGCCCCCAUUCACUGUUGGUUGAUUGACAGUUCUCGCUUGCGUGUCCGUUACGAUCUCAACGCGGAGGGAGGCAUACAAUUUUAUUUUCAAAUCGGGAUGUCACAGAGUACAAGCAGAGAGGAGUGAUAGCUGCAUCGGCAGGCAACCACGCCCUGGCCAUGGCCUACCACGGGAAGCUUCUUGGUAUCCCUAUCUUCGUGGUGAUGCCUAAGAUUGCUCCGAUCAUGAAGGUGGAUCGAUGCAAGCAGCACGGAGCUACCAUUCUCAUCAAGGGAGAAGACAUUGGAGAGUCCAAGAAGCUUGCUACGUAUUUAGCCAAGAAGAGGGGAUAUUUCUAUGUCAAUGGAUAUGACAACCCACAUAUCAUCUCUGGACAAGGCACUAUGGGAUUGGAGAUUCUUGAACAAGUCCCUGACGUGGAUGCGGUCGUCUGUCCCGUUGGAGGGGCAGGGCUUAUCGCUGGUUUGGCACUCGCAAUCAAGAGCCUCAACCCUUCUGUCCAAAUCAUUGGUGUAGAAUCAGACCAGACUAAGAGCUUUUCAGCAGCCCUUGAAGCUGGCAGACCAACAUACUUCAAAGUAGGACCAACAUUGGCUGAUGGUUUGGCAGUUCCAGUAGUUGGUGUCAACUCCUUUGCUACAUGUCAUCACCUCAUUGACAAGAUGGUCACCGUUGCGGAAGAUACGAUUGCCUUAGCCAUUCUCAGAUUGAUUGAAGUAGAGAAGGCCGUAGUGGAAGGAGCAGGGGCUACCGGGCUAGCAGCCAUCCUCAGUGGACAACUGCCUGAACUGGCUGGCAAGAGAGUGGUGGUGCCCAUGUGUGGCGGCAACAUUGAUACCACAGUUUUGGGGCGUGUCUUGGAGAGGGGUCUGGCUACCGACAGCCGAUUGGUUCGAUUCAUUGUGACGGUCAGCGACAGACCGGGUGGCAUCGCAGAGCUCACACAGAUCCUCCUCAAAUUGGGGGUCAGUAUCAAGGAUAUUUUCCAUGAGAGGGCUUUCCUGAAAAGUGCAAUAUUUCAAGUUCAGGUCAAAUGCAUCGUGGAGACAACGGGCCAAGCCCACGCCGAGCGACUACAUACGCUGUUGAAGGAAAACUACUCCAAUGUCAUCUGGGGGCCUGAAGACAUGUGAACUCGCCAAUACCAUCGUCUGUUCGGAACAAGCAGGGUGAUCACACGCAUUGCAUGAUAAACGCUCUUCUUGCUUCAUACAUGGGUUUUGAUUGGUGUAAAAUCUCCUUGUACGAGUUUGUGAACACAUUAUGUUUCAUAUCCGUUUUGUAGUCGGUAUUCAUCCAUUCUCUGGGAAGCUUUCCUCUUUGGGUGGUUCCUGAUACGGGACGUUGAGGAGUAAAGACAAGAAGAAGAAGCUUUAAAAGCUUUCAGGUUCUUGUAUAAUUGGGACAAUCUAAUAAUAUUUGAUGGCACAGAUUUUUGUCCUGUGUUUGCUCAAAUCAUAUUCCGGGCUUGUGUUUCGUAAAUUGUACUUGUGACCAAACAAGGCACACAGGGAUGCAAUGGAAGAAUUUUCAUUCAGAAUCACUAAUAUGUUUCAAAGUGGGUUUGCUUGUAUGAGCAAGAUUGAAGUAGUUGUGACGGUUUUCUUUCCUUACAUUAGUUUUAAGCAUGAAUAAAUUGAUAUUCAAUGAAAAGAGCUUUAUACUCACAUCUUGUUUGUGAUUAGGAUCUAUAAUGAUUGGUGAUUGAAAUACACUUGAAAUAUUGCGUUUAUCAACUUUAUGAAAAAAAUUGGAGAUCUGUUUUCAAGACAAUUCCAAAAUUGUCAAUGAGUAAAAGUGAAAUUGCAAGAAAUCUAGAGACAUCAUUCUUUAUCAAUAACAGUCUCUUUCAUACCUUGUUUUAUUAUAAGUUUGCAUAGUUUUUGUUUAACUCACCUUACUAUGUAAAUUAAAAGUUGUAAAUAAUAGAGUUAUAUAAAGUAUAUGUAUAUUUCUCCUUUCUAUGCAUGUCUAACAUGGAAUGUAAGGGCCUAUUUUUAACUGAAAUGGAAAAUUAAAAGCUAAGGUUAACUGUAAAGGCUUAUUUAAGUUAAGUUGUCUUUAAUAAAAGUGAUAUUAUUUAACACUUUGUUUGAUGUUCCAUUAUGUUUAUUUAUUAUGAAAGGAUUGAUAAUUUUGUUAUUUUUAACUGUGAUUAUGAUUAAUAUGUCUGUAUAAUGGAUGUGAGAUAUCUUGUUUUACAUUAUACUUAUAUACAAAUAAUUUGAUUGUAUCGGACAGUCUCUACUAUUUGAUAUUACGCAUGGUGAAUAUUCACGGGGAAACGUAAUGAAACAAAAAUAUUAUUUUGAUACUUUCUUAGCACUCUGCUUUCUUAUAAUAGCUUUUGGUACACAUAUUUGUUCUAUAGAUGAUAUGACUUGCAAACAAUCAAACUAUAUUUUAGUUCCAUGUUGAUAUAGGCGAGGAAAAAACCAAAUACUAUGAUAAAGAUUGUAUGCUUGUAUACAUGUAUGUAAUAGUGUGAUAAUUGGUUGUAGCUGUGAGGAGUUACCAAACGUUUUGCUCUCUACCUCAUAUAUUACAUAUCACUUUGAUUCCAGGCCAUUAUUCAAUUCAAUCUGCAGAUUUCUUCCUUUUUCCAACUUUGCGUAAAACUCAUGGUCACUUUUGGUGUUCAAGCUGCUUAAAUUUUUCACCCUAGUAUUUAUGGAACUUUUCCGCGAAAUUUUAGGCAAAUUGGAAUCCUCUCGAAUCUACAAUUGGGCCACUAGAAUCAAGAAAUGCAGAUAAGAAAAAUGAUUUCCAGUGCUUUAUGAACGGAAAGUUUUUCACAUUACUGUACACAAAUAACAAAGAUAAUUAAAGAAGGAAAGAACGUUAUUAUGACAUCAUUAUCAUUCACUAUAUUGUGCAUAGGAGUUUACAUUGACAGUGUGUGAAUUCAUCAGGAAUGAUAAUUGGCCAAAAAAAUUCUUUUGUAAAAUGCCACAUGUUGUUUUGAAUGUAUCUAACAGUAAAUAUAUUUCUUUGUAAAUUGAAUACUGAUCCAGAUAUGUUAAGACCACCGCACACCUUACUGGUCUGUGACUGAGUGAGGGGACAUGAGUCGCAAGGUAGUCAUAAGCCUCGACAACGCACACCUUGCAAUCCGACUACCCUUCUGUCAGCGGCUCACGCAUGCGCUUUUUGCCAUAGCAACUGAGAAAAUGACGCUUACUACUGCGUAUGCGCGUUGCCUAUCAUGUACGCGUCGGUAUUUAAGUGUGCCUCUCAUGUCUGAUUGGCUGCUGGAAGUUGGAUUGAGCUUGUGAUCCAGUCGUAAGGAUUCAACAUGUCAAAUCCUUACGAUUUUCCUUGAGAUUUGUCUCUGACCGGUCUGUGACUCUCAAGCUGACAAGAGCUGUGACGUCACUCAUUCGCAAGCCAGUCGUAGACCAGUCGGGUCGCAAGGUGUGCGGUGGCCUUUAAGCAGACGUUGGAUUGAUCUUACUGUGUGUGAAUUGAGAUCAACAACUAUUCUUGCUUGUAAAUUUACCCGCUUUUCAAAUUUGACCACCUGACCAGGACAGUUCUGGGGCCUGUUUCACAAAGACUUAAAACCAUAUUAACUUAACUACCAUGGUAAGCUUGACUCUGAUUGGCUGCUGAGCCAUGUUGCCAUCAUGGUAGUUAAUAACAAAGUUACUAUAAUUGUAUAUCUUAAUGAAACAAGCCCAAGGACCAUUCAAUACAAUGCCUAGUGCAGAGCUGCCAACCAGUACGUUUUUGCAACCAAAAAAUACGGCAGUAGGUUUUUUCUUUGAAAAAUAUGUUUUUUUUAUUUUUUUUUACUAAAUCGUAAUUUAUUGAGAAAAAUAAUCUCUAUAUGUCUCUAUUUCAUAAAACGUACACAAAUAUGGUUAUUAGAUCAAUGUAAUUUCAUGUAACUUGUUUUUUUUUUCAAUCAUUUUGUUAAAACCAGGGUGAAGAUAUACACAUGUUUUAAUGUUGUUUUUUUUUCAUCUGCAAGAGCAGUGCGCAUUUUAGCUUGCAUGCAGCUUGAGCGCCGCGAUGAGCUAGUGCGGCAAGCAUUUUAUUAUGAAAUACACUUUUUUGGGAAAAAUAAAUUUUUUUUUAUCACAAAACAGUUUUUCAUUCCCAGAGGUUGGCAGGUCUUUAUCUCACACGGUAAAAAUACUGAUUUUGGGGGAUAAGAAUACUGAAAAUGCAAAUGCAGCUCUGCUAGUGAUUGAUUGUAAAGAUAAUUUUUUCACGAUUGGUAGCACAUUAUGAUCAAUGUAGUAUCAGACAUACAAUGAAUCACAAAGUUUUGUGCUUCCUGUCCUUGCUCCCAGUAACUCUUUUAUUGUUGAAUCUUCCCACACAGGCGUCGGCAAUUUUUAAAAACCAAGUUGCACAGGGUAAAUGAAUUUGUAAGCAUUUCAUUUUUGCCGAUAUCUUCGGCCAUGGUGCUUCAUAAUCAUGCUCAAAUUAUCCUUUUAAUAUCUUAUGCUUAAAUUAUCCGUGUAAUAUUUAUAUAAUGUAUUAUGUUUAUCAUGUAGUUCUUGUGUGACAUAGAUUCCUCAUUAGUGAUACCUUGCAUUACCAUACAGGUUCUUUGAAAUGACACUUUUUUUCCUCUGUUUAUUUUCCAAAAGUCAACUUCUGCAUCGUGGCAUUAUGUUUCUAUACAGUGCAGGUUGUAAUUUCCAUGUACUAAAAAGGAGGGUAAUUCAUUGGCUGGCCUUUAUCAUCAUGAAUAUUUGAAUUUUUAGUUACAUAUUUGAAAUAAUGUAUUCUGGUUUGUUUAUUAAUUGUAUAUCAUUAAAGUAAUGAUUUUCUCACCAA